AUGAAACGUUUUGGCGAUAUUAGAACAUUUUUCACCAAUACUUCAAAAAGUAUUUCAACAAAUAAUCAAAAUGAUUCAAUAGAAAAUCCAGAAAACAAUCCCGCUAGACAGGGGCUGGCCUUUAGAGGUCACAAUGAAAAACAAGAAAGUUCUAACAAAGGAAAUUUUUUAGAAUUAUGUGAACUAUUUUGUAAGUUUGACAGUAAUUUUAGAAUAAAAUAUCAUACAUACUUAUCAUAUACAAGCCAUGAUAUCCAAAAUGAAAUUCUCAAUAUUAUAUCCAAUUCAACUAUAAAAGUCAUAACAAAUGAAAUUAGAAGAUGUGGAAAGUAUUCAUUAAUAUGUGAUGAGGCACGUUCAUUUAAAGAAGAACAAUUGAGUUUGUGUGUGAGAUAUUGUAAUGGAUUUGAAGUAUGUGAACGUUUUAUAAAAUUUAUUGAUUGCUCUCAGUCAAGGGAUGCAGAAAGUUUGAAAAAUAUUAUUAUAAAUGAACUAAAACAAUUAGAAAUAGCUGACAUACCCAUUGUUGCACAAACAUAUGACGGUGCUAGCGUGAUGUCAGGCGCUGUAGGAGGACUACAAGCUAAGAUUAGAGAAAAAUAUCCAACUGCUGUAUACUUUCAUUGUGCAGCACAUAAACUAGCCUUGGUGGUUACUGACACUUAUAUAACAUUAGGCCAAGCAACUUCAGCAAUUAAUGGUGUAAUACAAACUUUACAAGAAAAAAGGUCUGAUAAGAAUUUUAAACUAUUGUGGGAUGAUAUCACUAACUUUUCAAGAAAAAUGAAAACUAGGUUUUCUGAUGAAAGCCUAAAAUUGGCAAAAUCAAUUGAUAACUUUUUUAUGCUUGAUUUUGAUGGUUCAUUAGAAUUCAUUGAAUAUUAUAGUGAUAACUUAAAGAUAAGAAAAGAUAUAUUAAAAGCUGAAAUGAUGAUUGUAAAUAAUUAUUUAAAUUCCAAAAUCAAAAAUUGGACUAUUCAAGAUUUGUUUUCAACAGUUACAUUAGAACUAUAUCCUAAUUUACAUAAUUUGUUACAAGUGGCACUAAGUAUACCAGUAAGCUCAGCUUCAUGUGAGCGAUCCUUCUCAGCUAUGAGAAGGAUUAAAAAUUGGUUAAGGACUACUAUGAUUCAAAAUAGAUUUAGCAAUUUGGCAAUAAUACACAUAGAAAAUGAAUUAGUAAAGACAUCAAUUGAAUCAAAACAGAUUCUUGAAGACUUUGCCAAAUGUGGUUCAAGAAGAAUUCAAUUAACUAUUUAA